AUGGCUCCCAACAAGAAGCUGCAUCUCAACUUCUUCGAGAUGGCAUGCAACAGCGCUCACAUGGGACUGGGCAUGUGGAAGAAUGCCGGAGAUAGUCAACCGCAGAAAUCGAGCAUCGAGUAUUACACAUGGCUUGCGAAGCUGGCAGAGAAGGGGAAGAUCUCUGGCAUCUUCUUCGCCGAUGUAUACGGUGUCGAUGACACAUUCCCGGGCCAAAUGCUGGAGCAGUUUCGGUCUGCUUCCAAUUGCGCACAGAUGGAUCCCAUCGUCUACAUUUCGGCCAUGGCCGCGGUGACGAAGUCCGUGUGCUUCGGCAUUACUGGUAGCACAUCAUACAUUAACCCCUUCGUUCUAGCUCGGACAUAUUCGACUCUCGACCAUGCGACCAAUGGCAGAGUGGCAUGGAACGUCGUCACCAGCUACUCAACAUCAUCAGCAAAGGCUAAUGGCAUGGAUAACAUCACUCCUCACGACAAGAGGUAUGAGAAGGCGCACGAAUAUGUGGACCUGUGCUACUCGCUAUGGGAAGGCUCCUGGGAAGACGGUGCGACUGUGUUUGACCGCGAAACCGAGGUUGCAUACGAUCCAGCAAGGAUUCACAAGAUCAACUUCAAUGGCAAGUACCACAAGACCUCUGCAUAUGGUGCCUCGCACCCAUCACCACAACGGACGCCCGUCAUCUUCCAAGCUGGACAGUCGAAAGCCGGCAAAGCAUUCUCAGCCCAGAACGCCGAAGCGAUCUUCGUUGGUGGAGGCAAGCCCUCGGAUACCGCUCCUUAUGUCAAGGAGAUGCGUGCCGCUGCUGCGGCCAACGGACGAGAUCCGCAACACAUUAAGGUCUUUCCCCAGAUGACGCCCGUCAUCGGCAGGACUUUGGAAGAAGCGCAAGCCAAGUAUGAGAAGUACAAAUCUCUGGCCGACUGGAAGGGCGGCAUUGCCAAGCUGAGCCAAUACAUCAACGUGGAUCUCAGCAAGUAUCCAGCAGACGAGCCUUUCGAUGUGAUGGCUGUUGGAACGUCGGAUAACGCAAUCCAUGCGAUCAUCAACACAUUGAAGCGGUAUAAGGAUCAGGUUGUCACCCCGAGAAUGCUGGGUGAGAAGAUGGCGUUCUGUGGAUUCGGCCCAAUGCCUGUUGGAACUCCUGAGAUGGUUGCCGACGUCAUGGAGGAUUGGCUGGUCAAUGCUGACAUUGAUGGCUUCAAUAUUGCUUAUGUUUCCAACCCGGAGUCUUACGAAGAUCUCGUCGAACUUCUUGUGCCGGUGCUACAGGCGAGAGGCUUGAUGUGGAGCGACUACACGGUACCUGGGGGCACAUAUCGCGAAAAUAUGCUCAAUACGCCUGGGCAAUGUCAUGUGCCGGACGGACAUCCUGCCGCGAAGUUCCGGUACAGCGCACUCAAGGAGAAGCACGCUGACGAGAAUGGAGAUAUUACCAUUGAUCGAAGGGAGCCUGUAGCUCCCAAAAGUGUUGAACCCAAAGGCUCGGAGUCUAAGACGAACGGCGUCACUCAGUCGAUAGCAGAGAUUAAGGUCGGCGCGUGA